AUGGAAUCAUUGGACAAGGAAUACUCAUUAAAAUUACCGUUGAUUACAGAAUGCAAUCAUAUUCCGAAUGUGAAACAAGAAAUACCUACACCGGAAGUUGCACGACACUAUAGUCACAUGCAGGACAUUGCUCAUCUUAUCCCAGAGUAUGAAAACGAUACGCCCAUAUUGCUUCUCGUUGGCAGAGAUCUCAUUUCGGCGCAUCAUGUGUUGGAACAGCGAACUGGACAUGAACGUGAACCAUAUGCACAGAAAUUAAAAUUCGGUUGGGUAGUUGUAGGAGAAUCGUGCCUAGGUCUCGUUCAAAAACCUACGGUCAUAAAUGUGAGCAAAACGGUCGUUUUACCGAAUGGCAGACCUACUCUCAUGGAUCCGUGUCCGAAUUACUUCAAGGCUCAGUUUGAAAAAUCCGAUAAGUUGCCAAUUGGAAUGGACAUAUUUCAAAGAACAAAAUUCGAUGAUAUACCUGGUUACUCGCAACAGGAUAAGGAAUUCAUGCGUGUCAUGGAAGGGGAGUUUAUUAAGGACGAGUACGGUAAUUGGAGUGCACCGUUACCGCUAAAAAAGGAACGACCCACUUUGUCAAACAAUAUGGAUCAGGCAAGGCAUCGCGCAGAAAAUCUACGAAAGUCGUUACUGAAAAAUCCUACUAAGCGCGAACAGUUUUGUGCGUUUAUGCAAAACAUUUUUGACAAGGAGCAUGCAGAGGUAGCUCCCGAGUUACAAGACGGCGAGGAAGCAUGGUAUCUACCGAUAUUCGGGGUUUAUCAUCCCCAAAAACCCAACAAAAUCCGAGUCGUGUUCGAUUUGGCGGCAAAGUUUAAUGGACAUUCGCUUAAUGACAUUCUCAUGACAGGUCCGGAUCUCAUAAACAAUUUGGUUGGUGUGUUAAUGAAAUUCAGGAAGGAACGAAUUGCGAUUAUGGCCGAUGUUGAACAGAUGUUUUUCAACUUCUAUGUGCACAAGCGUGACAGAAACUUUCUACGUUUCUUAUGGUUUCAAGAUAAUGAUCCCACACAACCGCUAAGGGAAUUUCGUAUGUGCGUGCAUGUGUUUGGCAACUCGUCUUCUCCGUGUAUUGCCACACUUGGAUUAAGGAAAUCUGCUUGCGACCAUAUCGAUUCUUCCGCGUGCGACGAGGUGUGUUGUUUCGUCAAAGAGAGCUUUUACGUUGACGAUGGGUUGACCUCUGUAUCUGACGAAGGUCACGCAGUGCAGUUGUUGAGAGACACUCAAGCUCGAUUACGGCAAAACGGAAACAUUCACUUGCACAAGUUCUCGUCGAACAGUGUUGAUGUUUUAAAGCAGUUUCCAAAAGAGGAUACCAGCGAAAUUUGCGAUAUGGACUUCGAUGAUGUCGUUCAUAGGAGUCUCGGACUACGUUGGAAAGUCGGUUGUGAUACGUUCACGUUUAGUGUUUCUGAUGAGGUGAAACCGUUCACCAAACGAGGCGUACUUUCUACAAUACAUAGUGUAUUCGACCCCCUCGGCUUUGUGGCACCAGUUAUUCUUGGAGGCAGACUAUUAAUGCGAAAUGUGUUAUCGUCAAAGGAUCUUGACUGGGAUGACCCUUUACCUCCGGACUUGAACUCUGAUUGGAAAAAAUGGAGGUCUUCGCUUAAAGAUCUGGAACAGUUAGAAAUUUCGAGAUGUUACUCCAAUUCGUCAUUGGAAAAGGCAAUUCGUCGUGAACUACACGUAUUCUCAGACGCGUCAAGGAUGCCAUAG